CUGGAUUAUUAUGGAUAACUGCUAGUGAUCAAAAUGUGUUACUUGUAUUAGCCUGGGGUAAUGGAGUAUUAUUACUCUGUGUGUUACACGUAUCAUCCUGGAGUAAUAGGGUAUUACUGGUACUUGCUGUAGUGCUGUGGGUUAUUACUAGCGGUAUUUACUAGUACCUGUUGGGGUCAAUAGAUAUUAUUUAGAUCUGGCUUUCUGUUAACACAAGGAAUUGGGUAGUAGUGGAGAUGAUGGGGUAUUAAAGGUAAGUGUUGGGGGCAGUGUUGUAUUAAAGGAGGUUGUGGAGUACUACUGGUCACAUUAUUCACUGCUGCUGUUAGCAAUAUGGAUAUAAUCUGUUUUCAGUCCCUGACCAUUGCCAGGGGUUGGAAAAUGCGCUGGGAAUUGUAUUGAACUGAUAAUUGGUUAAAUUGCUGUUCUCUUUUUGUUUAGGUCUCUGACACCCCUUUACUACAAUGUAUAACGGCAUUGGACUCCCUACCCCACGGGGAAGUGGUACCAAUGGAUACGUCCAACGGAACCUAUCUUCAGUCCGACACAAAAAGGAUCGGACAGAUUACAAGUCAGAGGAGGAAUUAAAGAAGCUGGAAAAUCUCCUGGUGAAAAAGCCUAACCAGGAGAUCUUGGAUCACGAGAGGAAGAGGAAGGUGGAAUUAAAAUGUGUCGAGCUUGAAGAAAUGAUGGAGGAGCAGGGGUAAGGGUUGUUUUAUUUCUGCCUUUGGUUUCGAUGUGUUCUGUACUGUCACAAUGUUAACUCGUUCCUCUUACAGAUAUAGCGAGGCAGAGAUCCAGGAAAAGGUUGCUACCUUCAGGUUGAUGUUACAGGAGAAAGAUUUGACUCAGAGCAAAGAGGAGGAGAAACAGAAAGCAAUGUACGUAUAUCCCCGUUACUCUGUGCGUGGUGCGUCUUUAUCCCUUGCUGAAUUUCCCUUUCUCUUUAGUGUUUCAGAAACUCACCAGAUGGCCGAAGCCAAUGAAAAAAAGAAUGAGCGCCUUCGCGCAGCAUUUGGGAUCAGUGACAGCUAUGUGGAUGGCAGCAGCUUUGACCCCAACCGGAGAAAUGCUUCUGCACAAGGAAAGCAACAAGAACCACAGAAAUCCUAUAAGUGAGUGUAGGACUUUGCUUGGGGAUUUCGGCUGUGGAUUUUUCUCCUAUUCAUUUCAGCUGGUCUUAACCAAAGUGUAUAAUUAGAGCUCUAGUUGGGUUUUGUUUAAGGGGCUUACUCGAGUUUGUUUUUUAGUUUGGUUGCUGACUCGGCCAGUUCCCGAUCUCCCUCGCCAUCGCCUACAAAACACAAAAAGAAGAAGAAAAAGAAGGAUCGUGGUCGGUAAGUGUUGUGGAUGCUCAGUAACUAGCCGCAGCAGCGAUUUAUGAGCAGUGCGAUGGAAGAUAGCGUUUAAUAAAACAAACUAAAUGGAUAAAAAGAAAGGGGCUGUAAGCCAUUCUUUGAUGGUGAAGGAGUGAUUAUAUGUAGAGUUUGUAUAAUUACGUGCAGUGGCCGCACAGACACAGCGCUCCUUGAAAACUCUAUACAGUAUCUCACAAAAGUACACCCUCACAUUUUUGUAAAUAUUUUGUAUUUUCAUGUGACAACACUGUAGAAAUGACACUCUGCUACAAUGUAAAGUAGUAAGUGUGCAGCCUGUAUAACAGUGUAAAUGUACUGUCCCCUCAAAAUAACUCAACACACAGCCAUUAAUGUCUAAACCGUUGGCAACAAAAGUGAGUAAGCCCCUCACCCCUCUCUAAAAAAUAGAAUGAGAUUAAAGUAUAAGUGUGAAUACUAAAGUGUAGAAAUGCUAGGUAGAGGCUAGACCAACAAAUCAAAGUAAAGACGUAAGGUAAAAGCAUAUUGAAUAAGUAGGGUAGCUAGACAUGCCAGUCUGCCAGAGGAGUAACUAAAGUGGCCUAGUUAAUGGACCACCUAACUGUCUAUGGCACCCAUUAAAACAUUAGAAGAACAGAUUUUGCUUGGAAAUAUCAACCACUUCCUGUUCUCUUGAGAUCAUACUCAGACUGAUGUCUGUAGGGGAAUAUCUGCCUUUUCACUUUUCGAUACAUUUAUUUCCAGAUGUGUCCAAAUCCAUCCUGUGGUUUUUCUUUAAAUUUGUUUAAUCCAUUAACAAUGCAGUGUGGAAUAUUUUUUAGUUUGGAGACUGGUUCUGUUCCCUCUUCCUCCCUCCUGCGGUAGGUUUCAGGGUUCAGUUUUAUAAACUGUGUUCUUGUUCUCUAGGUCUUCCAGCCGCUCUCAAAGUCACAAGGAGAAGAAAUCAAAGUCUCGGAAACACAGGUGAUUCCUGCAUGUUACGAUUUCUCCCUUCCAUUCCCAUCUUGGUACAGAUCCCCAUCCUUCCCAAUGUCUAGGUAUUAUUCCAGCUGCCGAUUCCCUUCCAUUCCCAUCUUGGUACAGAUUAUUUUAUGACUUGUAUAGCGCCAGCAAAUUCCGUAGGGCUGUACAAUACAGAUCUCCAUCCUUUUCAAUGUCUAGGUGUUCUUCUGGCUGCAGAUUCCCUCCCCCCCUUGCUUAGAACUCUGCCGAUUCCCUUUAUUCCCCAUCUUAGAACUCUGCCAAUUCCCUUUAUUCCCCAUCUUAGAACUCUGCCGGUUCCUUUUAUUCCCCAUCUUAGAACUCUGCCGAUUCCCUUUAUUCCCCAUCUUAGAACUCUGCCGAUUCCCUUUAUUCCCCAUCUUAGAACUCUGCCGAUUCCCUUUAUUCCCCAUCUUAGAACUCUGCCGGUUCCCUUUAUUCCCCAUCUUAGAACUCUGCCGGUUCCCUUUAUUCCCCAUCUUAGAACUCUGCCGAUUCCCUUUAUUCCCCAUCUUAGAACUCCGCCACCAACUGCCAUUUCCUGUUCUUUGUAUUCUGGAGGUAGGUGCUUUUCUUACUUUGGUUAGUACUGAAUCCAGCUGCAGAACCCCAUCCCUCUCUGUGCCUAUAUGGUCCAUCUCUCCCCACCCAUUUGAUGUCAUUUUAGAUCUGUAUUUUCUGCUUCCUUCCAGGUCGGCUUCAGACUCCAAGAAGAGGAAGCACAGGUAUGAACCUAGCCAGGUCCUGCUCAUGUGAAGUAUUGACAAUUACAAUGCUAUGUGAUCUUAUUGUAAUCAUGAUUUAAAUUUCUUUCAGAUCCUCCAGUCCAAAAAGCAAACGCAAAACCAAGGAGAAGAAAAAGAAACGGUAUGUGUGACCAGUAGUUUGGGCUCUGUAUGUCGUCCCAAAGAUGUGUGUGUACACGGAGUACUCAUUAUAUGGUCUGUGGCACACUGCGCGCCGGCCGCGGGCCCUGUGUAGUGCGCGCCGGCCGCGGGCCCUGUGUAGUGCGCGCCGGCUUCACUCAAGAUGAAACUCUGCGCAUACAGCAUUAUGCCAUCAUGACCACUACUAAAAGCAGAGGUAAUCAUGGUGGUUGGAGUAACCAUUUUAAUUGUAUAGCAAAGUAUUCUUUGAUUCCAGUCUAAUGAUUUCAGCGCUCACUUCCCUAGAGGUGGACAUCAUCAAGUCAUUGAUAUUUCGGAUUGAGUAUCUAGUACAGCAGCUGAUCCUCAGUGCUAGAAAGCUGUUGUUCUGUCAUCCUCGUGCAGUCUUCUCACAGAGACCAUAGUUACAUAAACUGAAAAGAGACUUGCGUCCAUCAAGUUCAUCCUUCCUCACAUACAUUUUUGCUGUUGAUCCAAAAGAAGGCAAAAUUUUGCAACAAACUAGGAAAAAAUUUAUUCUUGACCCCAAAGUGGCAGUCAGAUAUCACUUGGAUCAAGCAGCUAUUACCACAUUAAUUAGAAAUUAUAACCUUGAAUAUUCUGUUUUUGCAAGUAUUUAUCCAAUUGCUGUUUAAACAUCUGUAUCGACUCUGAUAACCAUGUAAAAUUCAAUUUUUUUAUUUUUUUUUUCCUUUUAGCUCUUUAAGUGCUUCUCCACACCGUAGAAACGCAUCAUCCUCCUCAUCUGGUGGGACCUCACGAAGCAGGUACAGUUUGUGAUUUGUCCAAAGUUCAGCCAGUGCUAACUGGAAAAAGCCAAAUAAUAAUAUGCCAUCUUAAUUACUAGAUCCAGGAGCAAGUCAGAGAGCCAUAGGCACUCUAAUGCAGGAAGAGAGACCCCAGAGAGAAGGAGGUCCUCUUCACCCAAGAGAGACCGAAGAAGGGACCGUGGCAGGAGCCCGACAGAUCUAUCACAGAAGAAAGAUGUAAGUUGUGUGGUUUUUUUUUGUUUUUGUUUUUUAAGAGCAGCAAGAACCUCCUUCCUCAGGCAGACCAAAUCCAAUGUCCCUAGAUUUAGUUCACAAGAAGUGUUAACGUGGCCCACAAUACACAUUAUGCAACCUUUUUUUUUUUUUUUUUUUGCAAAAAUUGGGUUUGUAGGGAAUAGACAAAAGAAAUUACACUUUUCUGGCUAAAAUAGAGAUUAGUUUUCCCAGUGCAACUAUUUUAGCGUAGAAUUGCAAAGCCUUUGUCAAUUUUGAAUUCCCAGUAGGGCCUAUCCCGUUUUGGCCAAAAACGGGCCUAAUGUAGUGCAUAAUUUAACAGAUCUGCUUCCAUUAACAAUUCAGAUGAUAACGAUCUUUCAUUGUGAUAUAUAAUAACAUGAAAAGUGCAGAAUACUGCACUUGUGACGGGGGGAAAGAACACUAUGGGACAGCGUGCUGCACACCGGGCCCCACAGUGAGCGCUUGGGGUGCUGCAUGUAGGUACAGGGGCUUUCUGGUUCAGACAAUCUUCAUGGCUUCAUCUCCCAUACAUCACAUGAUUUUCUGCAGUACAUUUUAUAUAACUUUAAAUUUUUUUUAAUUUAAACGGUUAACUCAUUUAUUCUUUCAGAAAACGACAAGGAGAGAUCCCGAUAUCAGAGCUCGAUCUACUUCAUCCUCUACUAAAAGACACAAGGAGCUUCAAAAUGUGCGAGAACUGGAUAAAAAAGAUAAACCUAGAGACUCUAAAAUCGAGAAGAUUUACUCGCGCAGUGCAGCUCGGGAAGAGUCCCCUGUUAUCAGCAAGGUGAACAAAAAGAGAGGAAGACCAGACAGCCCUGAAGAACACUCUUUAAAUGAAAAAGAUAGUGCACGUUCUUCAAAGACCCAUUCACCAGGUCGUAAAACAUCUCCUACUGUCAAAGGGCAGUCAUCCAAAACAUCAAGCAGAAUUAGAAGUUUAUCGCCAGGUAGAAAAUCUCCAAAAAAAGUACAUAAAGAGAAUUCUCCAAGACAUGAGAAACACUUACAGAAGAGACACUCACCAGUAGCUUCAACCAGGAAACCUUCAGGAAGUGAUCGAUCAUCUUCCUCAUCCUCUUCAACUUCCUCUUCCUCCGUAUCAGAAAGUGAAAAAUCUGAUCAGGAUCCAUUCAAACAGACUGACAAAAUUAAAGUCAAAGAAAAGGAAACUAGAGGGUCGAGAACAGAACAACAUCAAGGAGAUAAGAGAGGGAGAUCGGUAACUCCCAAAAAGGACAUUAGAUCAAAGAACUCACCAGGCAAGCGGAGUUCCCACCAUGCUACAUCUUCGAAAAGAAGUGCAUCAAAAAGUCCCCACAGACGACGCAAGUCAAAGAGCCCACCAGAGAAAAAUCGAUCACUUUCUAAGAGCCCAUCAGUUAAGGAUCGAUCCAAAACUCCUGUACGCAAUCUAUUAUCACAGUCUAUUACAUCACCAAGGAAGACGAGAUCAAAGACACCACAACGAAGAGCUAGGUCUCCCAAGAUUUUAAGAAAACCACGGCAGCCCUCUAGAACGCCUCCCAGGAGGACACGCUCUAAAACACCGCAGCGUAGGGCAAGAUCUAUUUCUCGCACCUCCCCACGAUACCGUAAGGAAAGAGUUAGAUCUCCCCAGAGAUCUCCAUCUACAACCCCACAAAAGUCCUAUUCCUCUAAAAAUAAAGGAAGAUCAAGGUCUAGGUCACCCUUGAGACAUACAAUCUCAGGUGCACGGUCUCCAAGAAGAAAGGGUCGAUCACAUUCUAGGUCUCCCUACAGAAUGGCAAAAUCACGCUCCCCUCUUAGGAGAGCAAGAUCACGAUCACAGUCAGUAAAGCAGAGAAAAAGAUCUCAUUCUAGAUCGCAACAGAAAAGGGCAAUGUCCCGUUCAGUUACACCACGUGGAAAAGGCAGAUCACGCUCUGAUUCAGUAAGGCGUUAUAGAAGAACACCUUCAUUAACACCAAAGGAUUCUAGAUCUCGCUCCAGGACACCCUCUAAAGAUUUAGGAUCACGAGCAAAUGUAUCUAAACGCUCCAGAUCACGCACUCAUUCUCCUUCAAAGGACAGGUCUCGUUCCCUGACACCCAGAAAAAGGACAGAAUCUUCUUCUAUAACUAACAAGCCACAGUCUUACACUAAAUUUGUACAAAAGAGGAACACCUCUAAAUCAAAGGAACGUCAUCACUCCUCUAGAAAAAGGUCUUCAUCAAGAUCCAUGUCUCCUAUAGAAAGGUCCUCUUCACAAAGCCCAGCUAGAAGGUCCCAUUCACGUUCUAAAUCUCCCCGAAAAUUAAAAGGAACACAGUCAUGGGUCACUCACAGAAGCAUUAUUUCUAGGUCACCUACACCUAGAAAGCAAAGCCAGUCUAAAACUACAAGUGGGAAGCAAAGUUCUAGCCGGAAAAGUUACAGUUCCUCCCCUGAGCCUCGAGGUAAGCAAGGUACAAGCAGGCAUUCUCCUGAACACGUGAAAACAUGCAAAAUCUUGGCAUAUAAAGAUGCAGCUCAAAAUAAAACACAUGGUAGGAGAAGCCGAUCAAAAUCACCUGUGUCACAAACUUUACAGAGAAACAAGUUGCCUGUUCCCUAUAGUAGGACUAAGUCUCCCGAGUGCAGGACAAAGCCAAAAGACUUGCACAGCAACUUCCAAACAAAAACAGGAAAUCUGGAUGAUAAGUUGCGAUCAUCAAAGCAAAUGCGCAGUCGCUCUGACUCUUCAGAGCAUGAGGUUAGUUCAAAAGCCAAAGUACUGAAUGAUGGGUCCCGAUCCUCUCAUGAUCAUAAAAGUAAAUCCAAAACCAUUCAACAUAGAGAUAUGUCUGAUUCGCCUUCAGAACAUAAAUCUAGAGUAAGUUCGUCUCCGCCUAAAAAAAACUCUUCAGCGCUUUCAUGGCGAGCCCAGCCAAAAACACAGUCUGAUUCAUCUGAACAUGUGAAAGUAUCCAGCAAAGGUAAAUCUGGCACAUCACCAGAAGGUGAAUAUAAGUCUAAACUAAAACAGAGAACUAGGUCAAGUUCAGAACAUGACUCAAGCAUUAGUUCUGAGUCAUCUUCAGAAGAUGAAACUGUGAAGUCCUCCCGGCAACAGAGCAAGCGUGGUUCACCUCGUGAACGUGAAGCAAGGCAAAAUGUACAGAAUUUAUCUGACCGUGACAUUAGAUCUAAGAAACCUCUACAAAAGCAGAUGCUCGAAGAGUCUGCUGUAUAUUCUGUAAGUUCAAGACUUCCAGGUAAAGCUGAUUCAAAACGAUCAGAACAUGAUCUAAAAUCUAGAUCACUUGAGCUUAGAGCUAGUUCAGGAUCCUCCUCUGAGCGAAAAAGCAGACCAUCUCAACAUAAAGAUAUUUCAUUGUCUUUGGAAGAAUAUCCAACUAGAUAUUCCCGAAGCAGAGAACAUUCUGUCUCCUCAGAUCAGCAGUAUAAAGCUGGACACCCCAGAAGCAAAUCUAGUUCUGAAUCAUCCUCGGAAAGGCAGCCAUCAAAACCGCCACAUGGUAAAGCAAGUUCAGUUUCAUCAUUUGAAAGGAAAUCUAAAUUAAAACCAUCUAGUAGCAAAGCAAGUUCUGGGUCAUCCUCUGAAAGACAACCUAAAUCGAGGCUACUGCGUAGCAAGGCAAGUUCUGGGUCAUCCUCUGAAAGGCAGCUGGUAUCAAGGCCUCCCCGUAGCAAGACAAGUUCUGUAUCAUCUUUGGAAAUGCAACCUAAAUCAAGGUCACCACAUAGCAAAGCAAGUUCUGGAUCUUCCGUUGAAAGACCACCUAAAUCAAGGCCACUGCAGAGCAAAGCAAGUUCUGGGUCGUCCUCUGAAAGACCACCUAAAUUACGGUCACCGCAGAGCAAAGCAAGUUCUGGGUCGUCCUCUGAAAGACCACCUAAAUUACGGUCACCACGUAGCAAAGAAAGUUCUGACUCCUCAUCGGAAAGACAACCUAAAUCACGAUCACAGCGUAGCAAAGCAAGUCCUAUGUCUUCAUCAGAAAGACAACCUAAAUCAAAGUCACCGCAAAGCAAAGCAAGUCCUGGUUCAUUCUCGAAAAGGCAGCUUAAAUCAAGGUCAUCAAGGAGCAGAACAAAUUCUACUUCAUCUACUGAACGUCAAUCAAAAUCUAGACCACCUCAUAGCAAAACUAUAUGUGGCUCACCAACAAAAUCUAGACCACCACUCAGCAGGGCUAGUUCUGUGUCAUCAGCAGAACGGAAACAGAAAUCUACACUGCCUCGUAGCAGAGAGAGUUCUGCAUCAGCCCUUGAGCAGCAAACAAAAUCCAGAAGGCCUCAUAGCAGAUCUAGUUCAGAAUCAUCCCCAGAGAGACAACCAGAAUCUAGACUGGCCUGUAGUAGAUCUCGUUCUGCAUCCUCCCCAGAGCAGAAAGCAAAAUUGAGACCAUUCCACAGUAGAUCUAGUUCAGCAUCAUCCAAAGACAGACAUUCAAAAUCUAGAGCAACCCAUAGUAGAGGAAGUUCUGGCUCCUCACCUGAAAGGCAACAAAAACCUAGAUCUUGUCGUAGAGGUUGUUCUCGUUCUUCCACAGAAAGGGAACAAUCACCUAGAAGCAGAGCUAGUUCACGCCAACAGAACCGAUCAAGAUCUGACUCCUCAGAACGUGCACAUAAAACUGGCUCACCACAACAUAUCACUGCUUCUAAGUCAUCAGAUAGAGACCUUAAAUCUCUCUUGCCAGACCAAGAAUCUAAACGUAGAUUGCAAACUAGUUCUGAGUCGUUUUCCAAAUGUGACUCAUGGAAUCUACAAAAAUAUGGAUCAUCUGAGCAAGAGGCCACAUCCAGAACACCUCAACACAAAACAAAUGAUCUAGCCAGGUCACCAAAUCUGCCCCAUUCAGAGCUAGAAUUUCAGGCUAAAUCCCCUUCAAGUAAAAUGUAUUUAGACAGUGAAAUGCAAUUUAAAACUCCUCAGCCAAGUGGGAAAUCUGUGGCAUGUUCUGAACAAGAAGAGGGGUCCAGGUUAUCACCUAAAGUACAGUUUGGUCUCUCCUCUCCUUUGAGAACUCUGCAUAGUAGUUUUGUAUCUCCAUCAUUUGCAAAAAAAGACUCCCAGACACUUGAUUUGAAACCUGAUUUUCUGUUAGAGAAGUCAAUGAAAAAUGCUUCCCCUCUUUGUUACAAAGAUGAACAAUCUAAUUGGCUUAAAGCAAAAUCCCAUCAAUCUAAAAGCAAAACUGUGCCAUCACCUGAUAGUACUGAUGGACCAGUGUCCUCAAAACCUUCAUCUUCUCUGGAAAAGGAGAAGCUGUCCUCGUUCGAACAGUUAACUUCAACUUGUGAGAUUGAGAGUUCCAAAAUAUGCUCUCCAAAAACUAACGACACCAAGGAGAACUCUAUGGAGUCAUUUUGCUUGGGAUUCAAUGUAGCUGAGACUGAAUUGAAAGUAUCUGAAUUGCACAAAGAUGAAUUUAUUCAGAAAUCUGAAACACCGUUAGAUAAGGAUCCUCUGCCAGCUUUAACAUCUGCACAUGAAGCAAGUGGUGUUUUGGACAGGAAGGGUUCAAAACAAAUGUCUGAAUCUCCUGUAGCUGGAAAAGAAAAGCAGAAAAUUGCUUCAAGGUGGGCAAAAUCAAGCUCAUCGUCAUCCUCCUCUUCAUCUUCAUCAUCCUCCUCCUCAUCAUCCUCUUCAUCGUCCUCUUCCUCCUCCUCCUCCUCAUCCUCAUCUUCCUCUUCAUCAUCAGAGGAUGAAGCAGAGCCUCUGCCAAAGCAAACAGGGGUUUCUCUAUCCCCUCUAUCAAAGAAGUUAAAAAUGAGCCAAGGACAUUCACCAUCAAAAUGUUUAGAAAAUGUAGAUCAUGCUAAACUGUCAGAGACCACUGCACACUACAAAACUGCAUUGACUUCUGAAAAGCUUGUAUCCUCACCACAGAGAGCUUCAGCAGGAUAUCCCCUUCCAAUGGUUAGCAAAUACUCUGAAAUUUUGAGAAGCAAUUCAAAAUCACCAGUGCUUACUGAUGUGGAUCUGAAUAACGUGCAGAAAAUUGACUCCCCUGCUCCAUCUUUGGAGAAGCUAGGGUCACCAGCGAGUAAAACAUUGCAAUCGCCAUUACAAAAUGUAAUAGAAUCCCCACCCAGAGAUGUAAUGAAAGACCUAGCUACAGAACCAAAAGGUAAUCAAUCAAAAUCUCCUACUCGCAAAAAGAGCAUGUCGCCGAAGAGAAGCAGGUCCAAAUCUCCGUCAAACAGCUCUCCUUCAAUAGUUCCCUCCAAAUGGAGAGAGAUAUCUCUUGAAGGCACACUAGAUUCUGCCCAAGCGCCUUAUGGUGACCGUAGCUCUCCAGUAGCCCAAAAGAAAUCAACAUCUCCUAAAUCUGACAAGUCCCCAUCGAAAAAAGAGAAUGCUAGCAGCUCUGACUCUUCUUCAGAAGACAGCAGUUCUGACUCUUCCAGCGAGCGCAGUGCUUCUGUGGAACGCUCUGCACCAAGUCAUGUAGGACCUUUGUCAAGGGUCAGUGUGUCCCAUCCACCCCCUAUACGACGUAUUGCGUCACCAGUCCAACAAGAGAAAUCUGACUCUCCUAGAAGUGAGCGCUUGAUAUCGGGGACUAAUAAAGGUUCAGUGAGACGAAGCCGCUCCUCUUCCUCUUCUAGAUCCUCUUUGAGACAAAAAGAGCGUCUCUUAGAGAGAAAUUCAUAUCCACAGAAAAGAUCUAUGUCACAAACACCUCCCAGAAAAGGAUUGUCAAAAACACCACCGAGGCGUAAAACAAGAACACCUCCCAGAGCUUUUAGAUCACGUUCUAGGUCAAGGGCUGAAAAACAUUCUCGUAGAGAACGUUCUCGUUCUUCUCCGAGGCGUGGCGCAUCUCGCUCUCCUUCAUGGCAAGAUCGAAGGCGUUGGAUCCGCCGUAGGUCUCCUUCUUCACCCAGGAGAAGGCGCUCUGGUUCUCGUUCCCGUCUAGAUAGGACAUGGCGGUCUCGCCGUGGUCGUUCUGGUUCUUCCCCUUGGAGAGGCAGAUCAAGGUCUUUGUCAAGAAAUGAUCGCUCUCGUUUUCCCCGGCGUGGCAGGUCUCGGUCCUCUCCAAGGAGGAGAUCCCGAUCACCACGUAGGCGAGAAAGGCCAAUGAGUUAUUAUCGACGUGAUAGAUCAAAUUCCUCGCCUAGACGCAGACGAUCCAGAACGCCACCAAGAAAGUCACGGUCGCCUGGUAAAAGGCCUAGGUCUCGAUCUCUUGACCGAUACAGAAGUUCACAGCGUAGUAGGACAGCAACUUCCCCAAAAAGUGGCCGUUCUCCACCCUCUCCUCGUGGAGAAACGACACGCAGGAAAUCAAUAUCUCCAUCAAGAGCUGUGAAACCCAUGUCUCAGAAAGUUCCUUUGUUGUCAGUGAAAGGCACUAACCCAGAUCUUAAAUCUUGUUCAGCUUCUCCUAUCAUACCAGCUGUGCCAGCGAAGACAUAUCCAGAAAUGUCAGAAGGUGUGAAGUCUCCAUCUCCUCCACUCCUGGAAAAGCAUACAGAUGGACAAACUAAAAUGAUUUCCAUUCAAGAUAUGCCGCCUGGCGAAGCCCUUGCUGACAGCAAAAGUGUUGCUGAACUCCCAAUGGCAAGCAAGAGUCCAUCCAAGCAAGAACCAUCUGUAGAUGAAUGUAGUCAGUCACCUCCAAGACUUCUUAGAGUCCCUGCUGCUCCAGAGACUCCACCAACUUCAAGGAGUGGGGAAGACAGUCCUGAACCAGUAAUAUUAUUGGAGAAGACUGAUGAUGCAAACCUUGCUUCACAAAGCAUCCACAAUGCAGAAGAUUCCUCUCCAGUGGCAAAAGUUAGAACCUACACCAACCAAGACAAUGUGCAAAAUGGGGAAAACGAGCCCUCCUCACCAGCAAACUUAAAGUCCAUUGUGAGCUUACCUACUGAACAGGAUUCCAGGGAUUCUGUCAAGCAAAAGAGGACAUCUAGCUCCUCAAACAGCUCCUCUUCAUCAAGCUGUGACUCAGAUGCCAGUCCUCGCAAGGCUUCUCCAUCCCUGAAAGACACAUUACAGUCUGCACCACCUUUGGUCAGGUAAGCUGGUUACUGUUAUUGGCAGGUUGCCUCCUUAAUUUAAAUUUUUUUUUUUAAUUUUUUUUUUAUCCAGGUUACCUCAAAAUACACACAAAAUAAGUACACAGAGAAAAAAAGAAGAGGGGAGCCAAUUUUGUGAAGAUAGGGACUUGGAGAUUACUGACAAAAAAUGGGGGGUAGUGAUGAAUACAAAACGAAAACAAAAUUCAUAAAUCUCCAAAAUCUAUCUGAGGGAGAACGAGCAAAUGCUAACACUUAACUUUUAUUUCACUUGGUAAAAAUAAAUAAGGUAAAGUGUGAAUAAAAUAAAAGAAUUUUGUGAAGAUAGGGACUUGGAGAUUACUGACAAAAAAUGGGGGGUAGUGAUGAAUACAAAACGAAAACAAAAUUCAUAAAUCUCCAAAAUCUAUCUGAGGGAGAACGAGCAAAUGCUAACACUUAACUUUUAUUUCACUUGGUAAAAAUAAAUAAGGUAAAGUGUGAAUAAAAUAAAAGAAUAUUUACAAAAUCAAUUCCACUGUUAAGGGCAAUGCAGUGCAUAAGUUCAGUGAAUACCUUAUGUAGUCGUAGUUCAAAGACUGUAUAAUUAAGUACACUACUAGAUAGUGACGUAAAGGCAGUUAAUGAGUAGAGAAAGGAGAAAAAAGUUAGCCUUGAUCUUGAUAGAAAAUCAGACUAACGUGCCUUCGAGGGCACCCCUUACCCAAAAACUACUCUCACUGUUAGCCGCCCUGCCCAGUCCAACCAAAGUAUGAGAUAAAAGCACAUUGAAAGGUAAGCACUGUUACUGAAUCAUAGAUGUCAAGUAUGAUACUGACAUAUCAAAAACUCUGACAGAAUCGCUGAUACUGACCUCUUAGCUACCCUAAUGAAUACUAUCUUUCCACUGACAACCUCACUCUGCCUGGAGAGGCUAUCAUAGGAUAUCAUAGCGUUUAUUUAGCCGUUAUACAGAUUCCCUUUUGCCUCUGAUAUACUUAGAACCGGGCACUGAGAGAUAAUCUAUUAGUUGGCAGAUCCUACUGCUAAAUAGCUGCGGAGAUAUUCAGUUAACACAGCCAAUUAACUAUUUAGUUACCUUUUCAAUGUGCUUUUAUCUCUUAUCACACUUUACCUUAUUUUUUAUUUUUUUUAACCAAGUGCAAGGUUUAGCAUUUGCUCGUUCUCACUCAGAUUUUGGAGAUUUCUGAAUUUUGUUUUCGUUUUGUAUUUCCAUUUGCAUACACAUAAAAUAAGUCUAACCGUCUUCUGGAUUGGAAGCACAUUUAAAGGGGAACAAUGUUUGAAGUAUUCUAAGUUUAAAUGGUCUACUAAAAUCUAUUGGAGAACUAUUGUAAAAAUUCUCAAGCUUCUAUUCCAAAUAGUUCAAAACAAAUACUACUGCACCACAUAUCUCACGGGCAGGCUAGUUAUUCACUCCGCAUCUCACUUCUAUAGCUGGUCCAGCAAAAGUUAAUGUAACCUAUUGCCUGUUAAGCCUUCGGUGUACAAGUUCAGCAAGAUAUAGACCAAGUUUUCAUUUCCCCUCGGCACUGUAUCACUUCUCUCAAAUUUAAGUAGUUUUUUUUUAUGUGCAUUAAUAAAUCAUGCCAGCGCUACAUUCACUCUUUUGCACUACUAAAAUAAAGAAUUAAGGAAAAUAAACUACUACUGCACUAUUUUUUACAAAUAUAAAACACAAUCCAUACAAAAUGAAUAUAAAAAAACAAACCUGAAAUAACCUGUGGUUGACUCCUCAAAUAAAAAAUUAAAUUUAUAAUCAAUAUCCUACUUCUGGACACUAGGGGGCAUAGGUCCCUAAAUAAUUGCAACACAAAAUAUGUUGCGCUAAUUACUAUAAAUGGCUGAAUACUACCUCAAAGACAGAAAACAAAUUCUUAUAAAACUAUUCCAGCUUACAGCCACCAGGGGGCGUCCGUUCCUAUAAAAUUGUAUCAUUUGUAGACACAUAUACUGACUGAGUGACUCGGGUUUGUGGGGACUCCGCAGGAUUUACUUUACAGGAGAGGACAUUUAAAAAAAAAUAAAAUAAAUUUGUGAUUCAUUGAAGGGACGCUAGUCACCCAUACAACUUUUUGUCUCAUUGCAGGAUUAAAGAAGAUAGGGACACUGCACCCAGACCACUUCAAUGUAAAUCAUUGCAGAACUAAGACUGUCGCUAGUGGCAAUCAGACCAUCACUAGAGACGCUUCUUGGAUCCCAACAGACUUUUGGUCGCCUAACUGACGUUGGAAGUCCUCAAGUUCUGCAUGAGGACAUCUGGUGUCUGAAAUCCCCAUAGGAAAGCAUUGAAGCAAUGCUCUUCUAUUGGGAGGGUCUAAUGUGCUUCCUGUCCAUGUUCCAUUAACCCCUAAAGUGGAGUGUCUCUUUGACUGCUAUGUGCAUGUGUAUCAUGGGGACUUGUCAGAUUUAGGAGAAGAUGGGGAUUUCUUUUGGGCUACUGUGCUAAUUACUAACUUCCCUGCUUCAGUUGUCUGUGCUAAUGUAAUUGCUGAAAUUAUUGCUACAGAUAUUUGACUGUUACAAGAAAAUACAACUUUACCUUGCACGAAAACACUGAAACCCAAUGAGCUGUGCUCUGGUGUUGACAUUACCUGCAUUCAAAAGUAUUUUGAGGUCAAUCUGGGUGAACACAGUGGGUUGGUUGUACACAGCUCGUAUUUGAUUGAGUUGAACUGUCCAGAAUAGUUAUGUUUGAUUUCAACCUGCUCUGUCUUUCUAGGAAUUCAAGUCCACUGUUAACAGAUCAGACUAAAGCCAAUGAGGUGUCUCCGCCUCUGGAAGGGCCACAACGUUCAAGGAGCUCUAGCACUUCAUCCUCCUCCUCUUCGUCCUCUUCUGGCUCAUCAUCAGACUCUGAUUCAUCUAGCUCAUCAUCCUCGUCUUCAUCUUCAUCAUCUUCUUCUUCCUCGGGCAAAUCCAUCAACAAAACCAGCAGCAAGAAGGAUGCUUCUCCAGGCCGCCAAAGGUGAGAGCUUUGUGCUUUGGAAGUGUGGUGAGGUAUAGGGUCCCUCUCAGAGGCUAUGUAUUGAGAACCAUGAUCUGUGUGACUUUACCCCGGCCCCACAUCCUCCGUAUCAAUGAAAGCACUGUAUGUAAACCCCUUCGGUGGUACUAUGGUCUGUUUUUUGUUUUGGCGCAGGUUUCUGUAGCUGUAUGGUUUUGUGUGCUUUAGUGUAGUGACCUUUUAAGAGCAUCUCCAAAGGAUAGUCUUUUUCUACCCAUCCUAAUACCAGCAGCUGUCAUUAGUAUUCUUCUUAGAAUGUAAUUGGGUAAUCCAUCAAUCAUUACACUAUUGAAUUAGUUUGAAAGGUCCACCUUAGGGUGCCUGCCUAAUAUUCUGUUCAAAUAUGAUCACCCCAGAUAUUGACAUGGAGUGUGCCUUUAAUAACGAACUAUAACGAAACGUAUACAGCACACCUAAUGUGUGUGGGAGCCUUAAGUGUCCCUUUUAAAGGAACACUGUAUGCAUCAGAACUUCAUCUGAUUGACGUUGUUAUAAUGCAUGCAGUAGAUCUCUACUAAGUGCUGCUACUGAAACAUGUUAGAUCAAUAAGUGCAGCUCCAAGCCACACAUAUAAACAUAGAAUGUGACGGCAGAUAAGAACCGUUCGGCCCUCCUAGUCUGCCCAAUUUUCUAAAUACUUUCAUUAGUUCCUGGCCUUAUCUUAUAGUUAGGAUAGCCUUAUGCCUAUCCCACGCAUGCUUAAACUCCUUUACUGUGUUAACCUCUACCACUUCAGCUGGAAGGCUAUUCCAUGCAUCCACUACCCUCUCAGUAAAGUAAUACUUCCUGAUAUUAUUUUUAUACCUUUGCCCCUCUAAUUUAAGACUGUCCUUUUGUUGUGAUAGUUUUUCUUCUUUUAAAUAUAGUCUCCUCCUUUACUGUGUUGAUUCUCUUUAUGUAUUUGAAUGUUUCUAUCAUAUCCCCCCUGUCUCGUCUUUCCUCCAAGCUAUACAUGUUAAGAUCCUUUAACCUUUCCUGAUUUUAUCCUGCAAUCCAUGAACCAGUUUAGUAGCCCUUCUCUGAACCCUCUCUAAGGUAUCAAUAUCCUUCUGAAGAUACGGUCUCCAGUACUGCGUACAAUACUCCCAAGUGAGGUCUCACCAGUGUUCUGUACAAUGGCAUGAGCACUUCCCUCUUUCUACUGCUAAUACCUCUCCCUAUACAACCAAGCAUUCUGCUAGCAUUUCCUGCUGUGUGCCUACCUUUAAGUGGUCAGGAAUAAUAACCCCUAAAUCCCUUUCCUCAGAUGUUGAGGUUAGAACUCUAUCAAAUAUUCUGUACUCUGCCCUUGGGUUAUGAUGUCCAAGAUGCAUUAUCUUGCACUUAUCCACAUUAAAUGUCAGUUGCCAAAACUCUGACCAUUUUUCUAGUUUACCUAAAUCAUUUGCCAUUUUGCGUAUCCUGGAACAUCAACCCUGUUGCAAAUAUUAGCUUCCUCAGCAAAAAGACAUACCUUACCAUCAAGACUGUAAUAUCAUUAAUUAAAAUAUUAAAGUGAACGGGUCCAAGUACAACUUUAAGGUCUCUGAUUUUUAGUGCCCCUUUAAUAUAAACCCACCUAGUAUAAAUAACUGUAACCUAACCUACACAGGGCACCUAACGUGUGUGGGAGUCCGGAGUGUCCCUUUAUUAAUUAGUUUUUUUUAAAAAUAUAUAUUUCUCUCUCACAGAUACUUGGUAUUAGUGUAAAUUAGCACCGUUUGCCAGCGCACUCACACUUUGCAUUGCCUUUUCAGAUCCCGUAGUCCUCGGAAACCAAUUGACUCCUUGAGAGACUCUCGUUCAUUGAGUUACUCUCCCCCAGCAAGACGUCGAUCUUCUCCUCUCCCAGCACGCAGAAGGUAUGUUGUCUCUGCCUCUUAAUGGGCCAGUAUGGGCACCAUAAUAACUGACAGGUUAAACCCCAAGCCUUAGAGAGCGCACAUUUUCUCUGUUCAGCUACUUCUCUGAGGUCUGAAGCUUCAAUCAGGAAAAUGGCGCUAGUCAAUUAGUGGUUCCACAUUCAGAAAGCCAAAUUGGGAAAUGCAUAUGGCAGGUUGACAGCUGCCGAUAGUUUGUGUGAAGUAGCUUGGCAGAGCAAAUGGGUGCCGUUUUCGGUUUAGGGUUUAACUCCUUAAGUUAAGAUGGCGACCAUGCCCUCCUGACACCAUAAUAACUUUGAGCAUCAUAACUUAAUUGCAAUGAAGUUCCCUUUAACAUAAUGCAUAUCUUACUAACUACUCACUACUCUGUUGGCGCUGUACAGCCGUAGUAGCGGUUUAUGUUGGCGCUGUACAGCCGUAGUAGCGGUUUAUGUUGGCGCUGUACAGCCGUAGUAGCGGUUUAUGUUGGCGCUGUGCUGCACUUAGUGGGUUUUUUUUUUUGCACAGUUCCCUAUGAAACAUUUGUGCUUAGCACAGUAUUAUUGCACAGUUUCAUAAUAUAUGCAGUUUAGUUACAAAGAGUGUUUAAAGUGACUACAUUGAAUUUUGUGCUCUUAAUAGUUUUGUCUAAAAGACACCGCAAACUUUAUUGUUUGUUUUUAGGUUGCUAUAUGUGGUUUUUCUCACAUUGUAAGAUGCUGCUUGUGGCAAACCCUGCCACUGGAACUGAUCAUUCUGUGUGAAUGAAGGACUUUCACCAAGGGAAUAACUAACCGAAUGGACUUUCUUGUUAUAUUGCUGUUUUUAUGCGAUUGGCCGAAACUACCGAACGGGAGACCACCCCGGGGUGGUCGUGUGUUUCCAAUUAGCUGAACGAUACAAUGUUGCGAGGGAAUUAAGUACCUGUAUGUGUGGCCGCCAUUUCGGAUACCGAACACGUGGCGGCGGCCAUCUUACACACGAACAGCGGUACUUGGUUGUCGAACGCCUAGAACUCAAACCGUGCAUUUGACUAACCAAGUACCGCUGAGACCUCCAGCAUGCUCCAACAGCACGAAUCAAACACACGAACGCCCCGGCUAGGUUAUUCGGUACUUUUAAUUCACUGAAAUAGACCGACCGCAGGGCCAGAAUUCAUGGAACUGUUUUCGCCUACUGAGUCCCUGCGGUCGGUCAAAACUUUAACUAACUCCCGAACCCCUGGUCCGAUCUGGGUGAAUUUCGAGUAUGUUGCUCACCCAGGUCAGAUCUACCAGGGGACCCCUUAUUUGUCCCUGUACCCCCUGUAUUUAGGGGACAUCUAGAAAGUGGGGAAAACUCUGUCCCCACUAAUCUGUUUAAGGGCUAAUCUAAGGGGAGGAUAGGGAGGGGAGGUGACCAGGUUCCAAUUGGCUACUGUAAUAAUUAUGAAAGUUACCUCCCUUGCAUGGGAGAAAUGCAUAAAAGCAGACCUGUGAAUAAAGCUGACAGUUGACUCCCAGACUGUGUCGUCUAGUCCUUGGGGAGGAGGAUUAUGCUGAGUUCCUGUGAUUUUGUAUGCUGAAUCUUUGUUCCCAGCGAGGGCCAUUGGAUUAACCCCUGCUCCUCCGCUACACUGCUUUUAUAUAUUAGAUUCUUACAAUUUAUUUAUACUUUAUUUUUUGCACUCAUGUCACUCACUGCAGCUGCCACUUAAUCUAUUCUGUGUUCUCUCUAGGGAUCGGGGUUCUGGGAGAGGUCGUGAGUCACCGGAUAGAAAGCGCAGGAGAGAAUCUCCCAGUUCUAGGUACUCUCGCAGACGGACUUCCAGGUAACUUUGGUUUUCAUUAUUGUAGCAAGGAAGACCCCUAUGAUCUUAUAUAUUCACAGAUUUAUUUUUUGGGGGGGAUUUUUUUUUGUAAAAUUAAUUGACCUGUUUCUUUCCCCUGCCCCCCCCCCCCAUUUCUUCACUUAGGUCUCCGUGAGCCACUUCUGCCAUUUCGAACAGAAGACCGUGAUUAUUUUUAUUUUAUUUUUUUUUUUUCUUUCUCAACCCUUCAUCUCUUUCAAAGACUCUGGGAGGUUUUGGGAGUUCAGGGGGUGUUAUCUAAUAAUGUUGGAUGUACCCCUGGCUUUGCUGAAUUGACUGACUGCAGGAUGUUUCACCCUCUGCACAUACAUAGUAUCGUUGUUCCCUGGGUGCAGAAUCCAUGACCCCCUCGAUUGUCUCCAUUUAUGCAGAUCCUGGACACAGCGGAGUCAUAAUGUGAAUCUUUAGUCCCAGGAUUAAAUUGCUUAACCCAUUGUCACAUGUCUCCUUUCUCCUCGGUGAUGUUCCCUAGCACAGCCAGAGCCUGCUGACUAGGUAAUGUCACCCAGCGACACUGCCUCCUCUUACCUGUCAUUCACCAUAAACCGUUUCGUAAGCAGUGGAUUUAAACAGUGAAACUUAUGUUAUGUUUUAUUUCUCCCCCCACCUUUUGUGUUUUGGGUUUUUUUUGAGGUUUUUUUUGUAAUCUGUACAGCAAGAAUUCUGUCAAUAAAAGAUCGGGCAACAGGGCCCAUAACACAAUUUCUAGCCGGAUUUGUUGAGGUUUUGUGAAAAGUGAGAUGCACUCAGUUUGUCCUUUGUUUAAUGAUUGUCUUAUUUACUUUCUUUAACUGUAUUAUGUACAAUCUUGAUUUGGAAGGAGGAAUUGAAAGUUGUGGGCCAGACUUUAUAAUAUUGUCCUCAAUGCAGAAAUACCAACAGUAGCAAAGGUAGCCAUGUGACCCCACCUCUGCAAAUCGUAAAUGCAGAAUUCCUUUCAAUUGGGCAGUUACAGUUGCAGUCUCUCUGGUCCCGUCCCUCUGAGAUUUCGGUGGGUUUGGGCUGAGUUGUAGAAGGGCAGUACAUCCAGUACAGUGCAGUACUCCGAGGGUAUCCAGGCUCAGCCUCCAUCUUUCCAUCCUGGAACUUCCAGUACUGAGAGCCUUUAAAGAAAUAGGUGCUGCCUGUGGAGAUGUGGAUUAAAUAGGUUACUCCAAGGGGUUAUGUAGGGCAUACUGCUAACCCGACCAGUCACUAUUCUGUAACCUGCUGGUGGCUGUCCGUUAUGUUUCGUACACCCUGUUUUGUGCUGGGCUAGAACUCCUACUUGGAAGUAGGCUGAAAAAGGUUUUGGGAAGGUAGAUGGUUUUAUUUCUACAGUAAGGGAAGAUGUAUCUUUGGGUCUAAAAGAAUGAUCUAUGCUCCUGGUCUAAAUGAUCUAUCCAACUUUCCUAGUCCAGCUCCUCCUCCACAUAUCUUGUCCUCCUAGACCAGCUCCUCCUCCACAUAUCUUGCCCUCCUAGACCAGCUCCUCCUCCACAUAUCUUGCCCUCCUAGACUAGCUCCUCCUCCACAUAUCUUGCCCUCCUAGACCAGCUCCUCCUCCACAUAUCUUGCCCUCCUAGACCAGCUCCUCCUCCACAUAUCUUGCCCUCCUAGACUAGCUCCUCCUCCACAUAUCUUGCCCUCCUAGACUAGCUCCUCCACAUAUCUUGCCCUCCUAGACUAGCUCCUCCUCCACAUAUCUUGCUCUCCUAGACUAGCUCCUCCACAUAUUUUGCCCUCCUAGACCAGCUCCUCCACAUAUCUUGCCCUCUUAGACUAGCUCCUCCACAUAUCUUGCCCUCUUAGACUAGCUCCUCCACAUAUCUUGCCCUCUUAGACUAGCUCCUCCUCCACAUAUCUUGCCCUCCUAGACUAGCUCCUCCUCCACAUAGCUUGCCCUCCUAGACUAGCUCCUCCUCCACAUAGCUUGCCCUCCUAGACUAGCUCCUCCUCCACAUAGCUUGCCCUCCUAGACUAGCUCCUCCUCCACAUAGCUUGCCCUCCUAGACUAGCUCCUCCUCCACAUAGCUUGCCCUCCUAGACUAGCUCCUCCUCCACAUAGCUUGCCCUCCUAGACCAGCUCCUCCUCUACAUAGCUUGCCCUCCUAGACCAUAUAUUCCUCUUUUAGACCAGUUAUUAUACCAGAUAUUCUGCCCACUGAGAGCAGCUCCUGUUUUUCUAGCCCAGCUCCUACACCAGAUAUCCUGAAGUGCAAGACCUGCGCCAAGUAUAUGCCCUCCUAGACCAUAUAUAUCUCUUGACUAGACCAGCUUCUACUGCAAAUAUCCUGUUCUCCUAAACCAGCUCAGUAGUCUUCUCAAAUAUUCGGUUCUUUUUACAAAUGAGUUUCUAGAGGAUGUACUAUUUCACAGACCUACUAGUACACAAUAUAUCUUCUUUAAAUUAUCUCACUCUAAGUACAAUGCGGAUACACAAGUAUAAAUGACUGUGUUUCACCAUUAGGUGUUGCUGUUAAAGCACAUUUUACUGGCUGAUGGGAUAUUACUUUAUUGACAUUGUCUGAAAAGUGAUAGAGUUCUAUAUGUGUGAAAAACACGGCUAGUUCAUGUUUAUGGUGACUGAUUCACUUUUCAUGACACGUAGUCCAAUCUUCCCCAUAGUAUCCACUGCUAUUUAUUUGGCUAGCAGAAGUAAGAGAAUAAAGUCUGGAUACCUUAGGCCUCCAACUUUCUAAACUGGUCAAUAUUUCGCCCUCUAGAGAGACCUUAACUUCCCCAUGUUGUAGUUUGUUUCAGUAUAUUUCAUGUGGUAUAUUUUUGGUGAUUUAUUUCUUUCCUUAUAAAUAUUUGUAUAUUUGAGCCUAUGAUUAUUAAAAUAGAAGAUUUAUUUGCGCUUGUGUAAAUCUUUCCUUUUAGAAAAAUUCCAUUGCCUGCUUUUGCCCGAAAAUGUUACUUGCUCGUUACUUACAUGAUUAGCACAUAUAACGGAAACGGCAGUUUCGUAUGACAGCUGUCCAUCUUAUUUACUCGUUCACCCGAAAAAUACAAAAUCUUGGAUUAAAAGGUGUCCUUUACCUUUCACUAAUUUAAACAAAAUACCCUCAAUUUCUGUUACAGAAGGUGUUUUAAAAACAAUCAAUUUACUUACCUUUCUUACAUGGAAGACUGGAAAGUCACCAUUAUUUUUAUUAAUGCAGCGUAAUAAAAAUUUGUGGACAUAAUGGCUGCAUCCAGUAAAACCAUUAACACCUAGAACCUGCACGAAUCUGCAACUAAAUAUAUGUCCAUACAGACAAGUAUUAUAAAACCCGAAUCUAAAAUUCUCACCGUUUUCUCCACUGAUGACAUCAUCCACUUCUGAGGAUAGUCCCUGCCACAGUCUUAUGUCAAGUGGAUAACCAGGGUCUGGGUGUCUUUUAUCAUCAUCAAAUCUCCAGAAUUUGUGUCCCCGGAAGAAGUAUGUUUUGCGGUUAUGAGUCCAGACGAAAACCCCAUCGAUUCCAUCUGCACCCAGUCCAAAAUCUGAGAUUGGGCGUGGAUACCCAGGAAGGGCUUUGGUGUCUUGGAACACCCAGUAUGAGCUUCCUAGGUUGGGAUUACAGGUGAUUAAAGACAACGGGAAAUACAUCUUCUACAUACCUCUACUAAUCAACUAACCUGCAAUGAACACAAUUCUGCUGUCGUUGGCUCGUUCAUACACUGCAUCCAGUCUGUCAAGGUCGUGUGGCAACCCUAGCCAAAAACGACUGAUGUGUGCGGGCGAGAGGGAGAUUAACUGUCCGGAAGCCUGAACUCGCCAGAAAUAUUUAUCUGAGGAGAA